AUGAGCGACAAGUUGACCCGUAUUGCUAUUAUCAACGCUGACAAGUGCAAGCCCAAGAAAUGCCGACAAGAAUGUAAAAAGUCUUGUCCUGUCAACAGAAUGGGCAAGUUUUGUAUCGAAGUGUCUCCCACCUCCAAGAUCGCCUUCAUUUCGGAAACGCUUUGUAUUGGUUGUGGUAUCUGUCCCAAGAAAUGUCCUUUUGGUGCCAUCAACAUUAUCAACUUGCCCACCAACUUGGAAUCUGAGGUGACGCAUCGUUAUUCCGCCAACUCUUUCAAGUUGCAUCGUUUGCCAGUGCCUCGUCCUGGUCAAGUCCUUGGUUUGGUUGGUACCAACGGUAUCGGCAAAUCCACCGCUCUCAAGAUCCUUUCCGGCAAGAUGAAGCCUAACCUCGGCCAAUUCGAUAAUCCUCCUGAUUGGGAAGAUAUUCUCAAGUACUUCCGUGGCUCCGAAUUGCAAAAUUACUUUACAAAGAUCUUGGAGGAUAAUCUCAAGGCCAUCACCAAGCCUCAGUAUGUGGAUCACAUUCCCAAGGUCGUCAACGGCAAAGUGGGUCAACUUUUGGAGGACAAGAUGGAACGUAACAACCUUGAUGAGAUGAUUGAUGAGCUCGAACUCAAGGGUAUCAUGAACCGUGAAGUUGGUCAGCUCUCUGGUGGUGAGUUGCAACGUUUCGCUAUUGGUGUCGUUGCUGUUCAAAAGGCAAAUGUUUACAUGUUUGAUGAGCCUUCUUCGUACUUGGAUGUCAAGCAACGUCUUAAUGCUGCUCGUGUUAUUCGAUCAUUGAUCACUGCCGAGAGCUACAUUAUUGUUGUCGAGCACGAUUUGUCAGUGUUGGAUUACCUUUCCGAUUACAUUUGUAUCUUGUAUGGUAUGCCAUCCGUAUACGGUGUUGUUACUCUUCCUGCUUCGGUCCGUGAUGGUAUCAAUAUCUUCUUGGAUGGUCACAUCAGAACCGAGAACUUGCGUUUCCGUCAAGAAUCAUUGACUUUCAAGAUUGUUGAACAAACCGAUGAUGCUGCUGUUGAGAAGCAAAGAAACUACAGCUACCCCGAUAUGACCAAGACUUUGGGUGAUUUCAAGCUUGAAGUCAAGGCUGGUGAAUUCACUGAUUCUGAAAUUGUUGUCAUGUUGGGUCAAAAUGGUACUGGCAAGACCACCUUUAUUCGUUUGCUUGCUGGCUUGUUGAAGCCUGAUGGUGGUGAAGGUGUCCCUGAAUUGAAUGUGUCGUACAAGCCCCAAAAGAUCUCUCCCAAGUUCAAGGGCACUGUUCGCAUGUUGUUUAUCAAAAAGAUCAAGGCCGCUUUCUUGAACCCUCAAUUCCAAACCGAUGUUGUGAAGCCUCUCAGCAUUGAAAACAUUCUCGAUCAAGAAGUGACUCACUUGUCCGGUGGUGAAUUGCAACGUGUUGCUAUUAUCCUUGCUCUUGGUCAGCCUGCCGACAUUUACCUUAUUGACGAGCCUUCCGCUUAUCUCGAUUCCGAACAGCGUAUUAUUGCUGCCAAGGUCAUUAAGCGUUUCAUUGUCCACUUUAAGCGCACUGCAUUCAUUGUCGAGCACGAUUUCAUUAUGGCCACCUAUCUUGCUGAUCGUGUCGUUGUGUACGAGGGCCAACCCUCUAUCCAUGCCAUUGCCAACACCCCUCAAUCUUUGCUCAGUGGUAUGAACAAGUUCUUGGCAUCACUCGAAAUUACUUUCCGUCGUGAUCCUACCAAUUACCGACCAAGAAUCAACAAGUACGACUCUCAAAUGGACCAGGAACAAAAGGCCACUGGCAAUUACUUCUUCUUGGAACAGUAG